CGGGGCCGAGCCUCCUGCGAGCCUUCGCGGCGCCCGCGGCGUCACGUGAGCCGCCCUGAGUGAGCGCCGAGAGCGCCGGGGCGGGCGGGCGAGUGCUCGGCCGCAACGACCCGCGGGCCAGCGGGCGAGCGAGCCAGUGAACGAGCCAGGGAGCGAGCGUAGGACCCGCGCGGCUUGGCCCGCGGCCGCCGCCGCCUCCGGACCCGGACUGCCACCCCCCAGCACAGCGCAGCCCGCCGGGCCGCAGGACCGCCGGGGCCUGGCCACCGGCCGGGCUUGCGCCAAGUUCAGCCGCCACCGGCACGGCCCGGCCAGCAUGGUGGACCACUUGCUUCCAGUGGACGAGAACUUCUCGUCUCCGAAGUGCCCAGUUGGUUACCUGGGUGACAGGCUGGCCAGCCGGAGGGCAUACCACAUGCUACCUUCGCCCCUCUCAGAAGACGACAGUGAUGCCUCCAGCCCCUGCUCCUGUGCCAGCCCGGACUCACAAGCUCUCUGCUCCUGUUACAGUGGAGGCCUGGGCACUGAGGGUCAGGACAGUAUUUUGGACUUCCUGUUGUCCCAGGCCACCCUGGGUGGCAGCAGCAGUGGUGGCAAUUUGGGAGCCAGCAGUGGUCCCGUGGCCUGGGGUUCCUGGCGCAGGGCCCCAGCGCCUGGGAAGGGCGAACACUUCUGCUUCCCUGAGUUUCCUGUGGGUGACCCAGAUGACGUCCCCAGGCCCUUCCAGCCCACUCUGGAGGAGAUCGAAGAAUUUCUGGAGGAGAACAUGGAGCCGGGAGCCAAGGAGGUCCCUGAGAGCGGCGGCAAGGAUGCAGAAGCCUGUGGGCAGCUCUCGGCUGCUGGGCCACACAGGAACCCCAUCCAUUCGGGCUCUGGCGGGACAGAGCGUGCUACUCCUCCGCCAAGUGCUGCCGCUGUAGGUGGCGCCCAGAGCCCAGGCACGGGGCCCACUUCAGAUGGCCCCGUUCCGGUGCUCCUGCAGAUCCAGCCUGUGCCUGUGAAACAAGAAUCGGGUAUGGGGCCUGCCUCCCCCAGCCAACCCCCAGAGAGCGUCAAGGUCGCCCAGCUCCUGGUCAACAUCCAGGGUCAGACCUUCGCACUGGUGCCACAAAUGGUGCCCUCUUCCAACUUGAAUCUGCCCUCAAAGUUUGUGCGUAUUGCUCCUGUGCCCAUUGCUGCCAAGCCCAUGGGGUCAGGACCUCUGGGACCCGGACCGGCUGGCCUCCUUGUGGGUCAGAAGUUCCCUAAGAACCCAGCAGCAGAACUCAUCAAAAUGCACAAAUGCACUUUCCCGGGGUGCAGCAAGAUGUACACCAAAAGCAGCCACCUCAAGGCCCACCUGCGGCGGCACACGGGCGAGAAGCCCUUUGCCUGCACCUGGCCGGGCUGCGGCUGGAGGUUCUCACGCUCCGACGAGCUGUCCCGACACCGGCGCUCGCACUCCGGUGUGAAGCCCUACCAGUGUCCUGUGUGCGAGAAGAAGUUCGCGCGGAGCGACCACCUCUCCAAGCACAUCAAGGUGCAUCGCUUCCCACGGAGUAGCCGCUCCGUGCGUGCGGUGAACUGAGCAUGCCCCACGAGGCCUGGCCUGGUAUCCUGGGCCUCACGUUUCUAUGUCUUUUUUUUUUAAAGCAAUAAUUUAUUUCCCUCUUUGAGAGGGACGUGACAAUGUUACCAGCAUCCCUUUCCAAAGUACGAAGUACGGGAGGCGUGCAUCCAGCAAUCCCCUCCCACCUUGCCACCUGAUGCCUUUCCAGGGAGGACUUGCAGCCACACACCCCGCGACCCUGGAGUCUGUGUCUUCGGUGCACACACGCGUGCACAUAGGGCUGAAGGCCAGCCUUGGUGCCUUUAUGCCUUCCCGUUGUAGGCAGGUUUUUUUUGGGGGGGUGGGGGCUGGCCCUUCUCCCACUGGGCUCUCUCCUGGGCCAGAUCCAGCUCCCAUAUUGCUCUGCCAAGCAGAAAUGUGCACUUGUGAAAUGUUCAGUUCCCAGAGGGAAACUUGCUGGGUUGGAGGAAAUAGGCCAAAAGUGCAGGACUGCACUGCCGUGUGAGGGCAGCUACACCCCCCAAAAAAACACCUGGCUCAACACGGUCACCAGAGGGUCAUGGGGUGGUCUGAGGGGUGUGCAUGUGGGAAAGAGGUGGGGGUGCAUGAACUUGAGUUAAAUGUACGGGAGCUGGAAGCUGCUGCCCCUCACAUGGCUGGGGCUCUCUGGUGUACCAGACAAAUCCAAAUGCCCCCUCUAGUGUGGGAGGAGCUGGAAGCAGGCUGCAUGGGUAUGAAAGAUCCAGCUAGUGCCUCCUCCCCCCACGACCCCCGGUUUAGAAAUGCAUUCCUUAUCUCAUUUAGAAAUUAAUCUCAAAUGAACUAGCUUGUGUUGAUAGGUGGAUUUCACAUCCUAUGAAUGUAUGUAAAUAAACUGUAUAUAGGGACAUCUACAUAAACUAUCUUUUAAUAACAUCAGCAUUUGUGUACAUUUGAAAUUUUAAAAAAAAUCUAUAAAGCCGGUGUACAUAUGUUACAAUUAUGUAUAUUUUCUUUGGGCCUUCAUAAAAAAAUAUAUUUACUUUGCCAAUAAAAAAAAAAA